UGCUGCCGUCAGUGUCGUCAGUUGUUGCGCCGUCGCUGCCUUGUCAUCAUCGUUUUUCGUUAAUUCGGUAGUUGGUGUGUACUGGUGUGUACUAAUUACAUAUAAGAAAAUAAAAUCUGUUAAAACAUUUCAUUUGCAACACCUUUCACUAAGUUGAUAGAGCUUAAAUAUUUAGAAAAGCCGAGUGGCACAGUGUGAAACUACUAUGGACCACGGGUCUAGUGGUAAAAAAAGCCACUGGAAAAAAUAAUUACCUGUCAUCGUAACGUUUUGAAUAUUUCGCUCUCAUAAGCCACGCAAAUUUCAACGUAGUAGAUCGUAGUUAAUUUUUCUUGAAGAUACUUUGUUUAAAACGUAAAAAAGCAGCUAGAAACGUGAGAUUUCUUGCUCAUUUACUGAACCAACUCAAAAAUCCCCACACGAAGAUGAAAAUCGUACUAAUGGGUUUUCUACCGAUCUGUUUUUCUAUAUAAAAUUAAACCAAACUUCAUCGAAACAAGUGCCUUUAUAAAUGUGAAAUAUACUUAAAUUUAUUGCAAACAACAACUCAACAAAAUAACAGAAUAUAAGGCUUUACAAAGAAUAUAACAAGAGCAAACAGCAGCAACAACGAUCAAAUUAUACAUAAAUUAAAGUAGCAAUAGUCGCAAAAUCGUAGAAUUAGAUAACGUUGUAUCUUCACAUAUCUAAAAACAAAAGCAACAAAGAUAAGCACCCAAAUACGAAGAUAAAACACCGUUUCACGAAAGACGGGUAUUCUGUGAUAAACAGUGUUUGUCAAACUGCCUUAAUUAAAAAACAAAACGGAAGUUCACGUAAAAUAAUAUAAUAAUAAAAACAAAAAAAUAUUAUUUCAACAAUACAAAAUAGAGCUUCCCUCGCUGGUCUUAGCAACAACGGUGAAGUGAAGAAUUUCGUUCACAAAAAAAAUAUUAAUAUUUAAUGAAAACCAAAAAAAAUCCAUAAUAUUUUGAAAUAAAAAAAAAUAGUUUUUCAACUAUAUAAAUUAAGAUCGUGAUUGAAGUGUAUCAAAUAAAUUGCAAUUAUCGAUAAAAGAAAUUAAAGUGUCGAGAAACAAGGAUACGCUUCUCCUCUAACUGCCAUCAUGGAUUCGCAGGGCUAUGAAAAUGCACGUAACAUGACGCUGCUCUUUUUCCUUGAGCGUCUCAUGGACAAGGGCGAGGCGCGCACUGUUCAUGACUUAUCCUGUCAGUUUGGUAACAAGGAAUUCACUAAAGAAAUGCGUCAGAUUGCGGGCGGUAGUCAAUCGGGUUUAAAGAAAUUGCUCGCACAACAUCCGUCGAUUUUUCACGUAGAUGGCGACUAUGUAAAAGUGAAUACUUAUCAGCAUGCUUCGGAGGACGAAAGCGGAAUUGGCGGUCGGCGCGAUUACAUUAAAGAGGCUAAAGACUACUUUAAAAACAAAAUGUUGCAGUAUGGUAUCGGUGUGGAGGUCCCAGUGCGUAGCCUAUUGGGACAUCGUUCGCAGGCAUCGCCACAGGUGCGGCAUAUAUCAGGUCAGCACAUAAAGGAGUUCACCGAAUUUUUGCAGAAGCAUACGGACACGUUUAAAGUGGUCGACGAUCAUGUAAUGCUUGUUGGCUGCGAAGAUAUGACUGAUUUGCCGGCACAAGAGCGUCUUCAUUUGCCGCAGAGUAACAUCGAUACGAAAGCUACGCAACAGAUGUUGGAUUUCUUUGCGCAGUGCAUCGAGACUAAGGGUCCCAUUUUGGUGGAUCAACUUUUUCAUUUGUUGACGGCGCGCUUUCCACAAGAGCAAUGGUUGCGCAUGUUCAAAACCCCCAACGAUCUCUCGACCUUUCUCAAACUCUUCUCCGAUUGCUUUCACAUACAAGCGAAUCUAGUCACGCUGUUGCAGAAACCCAAAUUGAGCGAUUCCUAUAUACAACAGGCGCAAGCGCGUUCGCGCGAACAAUACAAUUCGAUGAACAACAACAUAAACAACAUGGCCGCGAACAACCAGUCGCCACCACUGACACAGCCAGCGUUGAGCGCCGUACAACAACGUUUGCAAUCGCCAGCAUUGCGUAGUUUUGCCAAUAACAACAAUAUAAGCGCUUCAUCGCCAAUAACCACAAAUGUGAAUAACAUAAGUAACAACAACAACAAUUACAGCAUCACAUCACCAAAUUUCAAGUUGAACGCGCCAGUAUCCAAUGUUUCCAGCCCCGCGGCCGUGUCGGUGACAGAGAAUUCGGUACAAUCACGAUCGGAACCCAACUCGGGCUUUGAUAGCUUCAUACAAAUGACAGACGUACAUUUGGACAACCUCUGCGAGAGCAAUUGUCCCAGCCCAAGUACGUGCUCAUCUUACGGUCCGGCUGGAAAUAAUACUCAGACGCCUGUCAACGGUCAAAAUAAUGUGAAUUUACUGCAAAACCCCGCCAUACCGACUCCGACACCUACCGAACGUCCCAACAGCCUUAACCAGACGUUGAAGCAACGCGUUAAUAAUUUGGUGAUACGCACGUUGGCUGAGAAUUAUGAAAAAGACAAGCAAUCGCUGGCUAACCAAGGGGGCGGUGCACCCGUUGGUUAUAACCCACAAAACGCCUCCACACAUUCAAGUCCUGUACAUUCCACUAAUACUAACACCACCAAUCCCAACCCAACGCCAACGCCUACAGCCAACACCAACAAUGCACCGCAUUCUCCUAGUCACAAUUACUUUGUGGGCGACACCUGGAAGAUUAAAGUGUUGCAGAACACCACAGUUAUUGCGAAUGUGAAACAUUCCAUGUUCGUCACGGAAGCGAUGCUUAAGUUUGCACAGGGCAAUCAGAGCAUAGUUAUAUCGCUGGACUGUGAGGGCAUCAAUUUGGGAUUGAAAGGCGAAAUCACACUCAUCGAGAUAGGAACAACUCGUGGUGAAGCCUUCAUCUUCGAUGUACGCACCUGCCCUGAAAUCAUCGGCGACGGUGGCCUAAAAACAUUGUUAGAGCAUGAGAAUGUCAUCAAAGUCAUACAUGAUUGCCGCAAUAAUGCUGCGAAUUUGUAUCUGCAAUUUGGUAUUCUUUUGCGAAACGUCUUCGACACACAGGCAGCGUAUGCUAUUGUACAGUACCAGGAGACGGGCAAACAGGUAUACAAAGCGAAAUACAUCUCCUUGAAUACACUCUGCGAGCAGUACAAUGCUCCAAUCAACCCAAUCAAAGAGCAACUCAAGCAGAUUUAUCGUCGCGAUCAGAAGUAUUGGGCCAAACGACCUCUGUCACGUGAUAUGCUACUCUAUGCGGCAGGUGAUGUGUUGGUGUUAAUCAACGAUCAACUUUAUGGGAAUCUAGCAAGACAAAUAAAACCGGAGAAUCGCCAACUCUUCUCUGAGCUCUGCACCGAACAAAUACUAAUACAAAUCAAACCAAAUGAGGUGAAGAUACGGAAGAAACAACGUAAAGUAACCACCGAGGUCGCCGACCUCAAGCAGAAACUGGAGCAAUCUAACAAGAGUAUUGUGUUGUCGAAUCGCGAGAUUCGCUUGCUACGCUACAUGGACCUCACCGAGGAGGAAAAAGACCGUCUAAAGCGCAACAACAAUAAAGUCGCAAAGAAAUUUGAAAAAAUGGAAUCAGCAGGCAAUCAAACUAGGGAUCAAAGUGAUUCAGAGGAUGAGCAAGAACCCAUCGAAAAUGAUAACUUUCCAAGUCUCGACUCAGUGCCAUCAGAUAACUCAUUAAACGGCACAUUUUCCCCACGGUUCAACUCUGAGCCACCUAGCUUGGCUGAGUCAAUGCAAAUGAUGGAUGAAAUUCUGUCCGAUCAGUCCAUGGAUCGUGUGGUGAAAUUGGAUAAACUAGAAGCGAUAUUGUCAGCUGUCACUCAAAUGCCAAAUGAUCAAAUUAUAACUUCCAAUACCAUACAGGAUCAGUUGGGUUCCAGCAUAUCAGCUACCGACAGUGUGCAAAUUAUCCGUGAGAAAGUUAAAAAUGCUAAAAACUGCAGUUGCAAUUGUGAACGUAGCAUUACACCAACAAUGCGCAUAAGUAGCAAUGAAAAGAAGGCCGUGAAAUUGGUCGACGCUGCAUCACAAACUCUUAGCACUGGCGACAUCGUCAUCACAAAGAUAUACUUUCAAGAUGAGCAAGGCAAACCGAAGGAGAAAGUUUUGACAUCAUCACCAAAACGCAUCACGGCAUCGCCGAUUGCGCAGUCGACAGCGACAGCCGCUGCGUCAUCUUGAACGAGAAACUUCGCAAGAAGAAAGAGAGCUGAGUUUUGUUUUACAGAAAUCAUUGGCAAAUGUGAAAAUGGCAGCUAUGUAAAGCAAGCAAAUAAAUAAUGUUGGCCAAUAAAUAAGGUGAACAUAUCAAAAUCAAAAUUAAAGCAGUCAAUUCAACGACAUGAAAAUCUACCAAAACCUCCUAGCAAUUUUUGUACUAAAUGAUAAGCGUAAAUUGUUGCAAACAUCCAGCUCUGCUUGUGUGUAUGUAUUUAUACUUUUAUUAUACAUUUUAUUAUAACUUGUAUUAUCUUAUCAAUAUUAUAUUUUCCUUUUUUUAAUUUAAAGCGUAAAAUGCGCAAACGUUUAUUUAGUCGAUUUACUACUUUAAACUUGCUAAAUUUUCAAACGGCAAUCCGUAGUUAUAAAUGUUACAUAUGUAUGUAGGUGUUUAUCUGAAACUGAAAAUGUAGAGCCGUACUCGAAAAUUACCAAUUUGUGUACAUUUGUGAAAUGAGUAAAAGGUAGCUUUGUAUGCUUACUCUCGUUUGUAAAUACAUAUGAUCAUAAAUAUACUGUGUCUGCUCUUAUUAAGAGUAGACCAAGUAAACAACUUUUUUUUAUUAUAUUGCAAACCAUUUAGCUAAAAAUUAUAAAUCAGCAAUUAUUGUUAAAGAGUUAGCGAAACUGAAGAGCAACACUAUUGUGCUGUCAAGAAAUGGAUUCGCUUUUCAAAUAUAAAACAAUUAUAAAAUACAAUCGUAUUUAAUUAGUUAAAUGUACUGUUCAGCAAGGUAAGCGACAACAUAUAUAACCAGCUACUCUUGCAUCUCGCAUACUCAGUUCUCAUAGACAACAUAUGAGAAUAUGAUGUUGUUAGACAGAUGCGUUAGUAUAAAUAUAAACCGAAAUGUGCUGACAUAAAUUAAAAAACUAUUAUUAUAUUAAAAAAACAUAUAUAAGUUUUACGAUCUACGAUAUCCAAAUCAAUGUAUCACUUAUUUUACAAGUAUUGAUGGAAAGUGUUAAGCUUUGGAAUUUUAUGUGCUAACGUGUGUAUAAAUAAUAUUUCGAAUGCUGAAAGUGCUUUCCAACUGUUGUCGUAAUUCCAUUCCAAACUACGCAAUAUAUUGUUUGGGAAAAUUACUCGAUGUAAAGCAGCUAAACACGCAAACAAUUUGUUAUCUACAUAUUUAUUGCAUUUGCCUUUACCGUUUCGUUAAGUUUUAAACAAAAUUUCCUCACAAACAAAUGUCUGUGCAAAAAUAUUACAUAGUAUUGUGACCCAUUAAAGGCAGCUUAUGGCAAUCGUAGACGUAAUUUUUUUUAAUAUUGCAAAAACAAAACGCUAAAUACAUCACAUGAUAUAUGCAUAUGUGCAUAAAUGUAUAUGUAUGUAUAAUUGGUAAACACUACUUUCAAGUGAAGCUUGAUUUGUUGAUGAUAGAAAAUAAAGUGCUGCAACUGAUAAUGAGUCGGCUAGAGCAAAUUUUAAUUAUACACAUUAAUUGCUAUUUUGCUAACAUUCAAUAUCUAAUAAAGUAUUCAAUUAUUAAUUUCGUUAGUUUACUUAUUAAAAGUUUAUGUAAAGGCUAAUUUACGUAAUCGCUUUCUUCAUAGCCAUAUUAACUGAGUUACUAUAUAAAAAAUGAAUUAUUGUUAAAAAAUUUAAAUUUGAAUUUGCAUUUGCAACAGAGCAAAAAAUAUAUUAUAAUGAAAUAUAAACGAUAAUAACGUUUCAAAAAUUGUUAUAUAAUGCUAAUAUUCAAUCUUGUCUUACAAGCCUGAUUGUAGUUAAAAAUUUACCAUGGCUUAAGAAACAAACGCAUACUCUACAUUAACAAUGUACGCAUGCAAAAUUAAUAAGUUACUUAUGUAUAAAUAUAACUUAAUUAUUUGAUUUUGACUCAACGAGUUGUAAUCUACUUAAACAAGACAUAAAUGUAUGCAAUAAUGAUUAGAAAUGUUUAAAUGCUUAAAGCGAUUUUCUCAAAAACAUAUAAAUGUAUGCACAUUCAUACAGACAUACAUAUACACUCGUAUGUACUUCAUUUUUACUUAUAUACAAAUAUUUAAAUGGACGAAACGUGUGAAUUAAACAUAUACAUAUUUAAAAGGAGAGUACACGGGGUAACAUUAAAAACGUAAUAAUUAGACUAAAAACGAGACUAUUGUAUCAAAUAGUAAAAACGAAAUAAAAAUCAAAAAAUAUAUACAUACCUUGUUUUGAAUAUAUUAUGUACAUACAUGUAUUGUUGGUGACUGACGGGAGGCGGGAGCACGAGCUCCAUUAUCAUAUCAAUUCCAAUUUCUGCAACGCUUGUAAUUGCCUUUUCUUACUGGUGCUCUAUUAUUUGGUUGGUGGUGAAGCCUGCGACCGUAAUCUCAUAUAAAUAAAAUAUUUCACAUCGAGAUCUAGUCAACAAUAAUGUUGAAGCUUUCACACCAGAGAUAUGCGUAAAUUUCAGAUAUUUUUCAGCGUUUUUUCCCAUUUCAUAUUCAUCUUGGUUAAAUAAAACUUCACGAUCAUUUUGUUAAAAUCACUUAUGCUUUCUUUAAUUUUCUUUUUAAAAAGUAACAAGUAACUUUAUAAACUCUACAAAGGAAAUGAAUACAAUCAACUGCGAUCGGCAUCGGCCGUGCCCUGUAACAAUAAUGUAUAUGCAUAUGGGUUUUCUUAUGUUUUUGUUUUUGUUUCUUUAAUAAUCGUAUAUUUAUCAUAAGUAUAAAAAACUAUUAACAACACAAUUAGGCGUUACAAUAUAAUUUGUUUGCCAAUUAGAACAUUCUUGCACAUACAAACACACAAAUCAACGCUUACUUUUUCGCUACAACUGAUUUUCUUAUACCAAUUAAAAUUUAAUUCACAGAAUACAUCUUGUAAAAUAUGACUAAUAAUAACAAAUUUUCCCUCUCCAUCUUUCUCCUCACAAAACACAGAUACGAUUUUUUAAUUGUUGUAUAUGUUGUAUUUGUAAAAUUUUAAAAUAUAUUUUCUUUACUUUAUCUAAUUAUUUAAUCAUUUUUACGUUGAUAAUGACAGUACUAUACAUUGUUUUAGUUUAAGUUUUUGUUUUAGGUUUUUGUUUUAACUACUUGAAAAAACUUUUGGACAAUUUUAUGUUUUCUCUACUUCGGCUUAAACUAUCUGCUUCUGUAUGUACAUAUGUACGUGUAUGUGUUCAUAUUUGUAAAAAUAUGUGUGUGUCGCAAAGGGUUAUAGUGACGAGUUUAUAUAAUUUUUAUUUUCACGGCAAACUAACUGUGUUGGUGUGUUCCUUUUACUUAGCAAUUACUAUUACUGAAAUUUAAUUGGCUUAAUUUUUGGUAAAACAAUUGUUUUCCUUUGUGUAGGAUUAGUACUUUCUCUGUGUUUACUGCAUAUAAAAUUGUAUGUAUAUGUAUAUAUU